UACAACUUCAUCAAAAGUCCAUUCUCAUUUUGCUGCAAAUUGCUUUGUUAGUAUACCAACUACGACAGAAAUACAGACCAACAGACAGACAAACUGACAGUGGCUAGAGUAUCUGUCCUGUUCCCGGUGUAUAUUAGUGGUCAGUUCAAAUACUGAUGUGUUCUGCAAUAGUCAGUUCACAAAAAGUUUAUUGAUCAAUGGUCAGGUCACAUAUUAAUGGUAGAGUUUUGUAGUUUUCAGUUCCCAAUAAGACAUUGUAUUAGUGGUUAGUUCACCUGUUACUGCUGGCUUGUGUACUGGUCCGUUCACAAUAAGAUCUUAUGUUAAUGGUCAGUUCACAUAUUAAUGAUGAAUUGUGUAGUGGUCCGUUCACAAUAAGAUCUUAUGUUAAUGGUCAGUUCACAUAUUAAUGAUGAAUUGUGUAGUGGUCAGUUCACAAUAAGAUCUUAUGUUAAUGGUCAGUUCACAUAUUAAUGAUGAAUUGUGUAGUGGUCCGUUCACAAUAAGAUCUUAUGUUAAUGGUCAGUUCACAUAUUAAUGAUGAAUUGUGUAGUGGUCAGUUCACAAUAAGAUCUUAUGUUAAUGGUCAGUUCACAUAUUAAUGAUGAAUUGUGUAGUGGUCAGUUCACAAUAAGUUACUAUAUUAGUGGUCCGUCUACAUAUUAAUACUGUGUGGUGGUCAGUCACAUGUUAGUGCUGGAGUGUGUGGAGGUCAGUUCCCAAGUUCACAUGUUAGCGGUGGAGUGUGUGGAGGUCAGUUCCCAAGGUCACAUGUUAGUGCUGGAGUGUGUGGAGGUCAGUUCCCAAGUUCACAUGUUAGUGCUGGAGUGUGUGGAGAUCAGUCACAUGUUAGCGGUGGAGAGUGUGGAGGUCAGUUCCCAAGUUCACAUGUUAGCGGUGGAGUGUGUGGAGGUCAGUUCCCAAGUUCACAGGUUAGUGCUGGAGUGUGUGGAGGUCAGUUCCCAAGUUCACAUGUUAGCGGUGGAGUGUGUGGAGGUCAGUUCCCAAGUUCACAUGUUAGCGGUGGAGUGUGUGGAGGUCAGUUCCCAAGUUCACAUGUUAGCGGUGGAGUGUGUGGAGGUCAGUUCCCAAGUUCACAUGUUAGUGGUGGACUGUGUGGAGGUCAGUUCCCAAGUUCACAUGUUAGCGGUGGAGUGUGUGGAGGUCAGUUCCCAAGUUCACAUGUUAGCGGUGGAGUGUGUGGAGGUCAGUUCCCAAGUUCACAUGUUAGCGGUGGAGUGUGUGGAGGUCAGUUCCCAAGUUCACAUGUUAGUGCUGGAGUGUGUGGAGGUCAGUUCCCAAGUUCACAUGUUAGUGGUGGAGUGUGUGGAGGUCAGUUCCCAAGUUCACAUGUUAGCGGUGGAGUGUGUGGAGGUCAGUUCCCAAGUUCACAUGUUAGUGGUGGACUGUGUGGUGGUCAGUCACAUGUUAGUGGUGGACUGUGUGGUGGUCAGUCACAUGUUAGCGGUGGAGUGUGUGGAGGUCAGUUCCCAAGUUCACAUGUUAGUGGUGGACUGUGUGGUGGUCAGUCACAUGUUAGUGGUGGACUGUGUGGUGGUCAGUCACAUGUUAGCGGUGGAGUGUGUGGAGGUCAGUUCCCAAGUUCACAUGUUAGCGGUGGACUGUGUGGAGGUCAGUUCCCAAGUUCACAUGUUAGUGGUGGACUGUGUGGAGGUCAGUUCCCAAGUUCACAUGUUAGUGCUGGAGUGUGUGGAGGUCAGUUCCCAAGUUCACAUGUUAGUGGUGGACUGUGUGGAGGUCAGUUCCCAAGGUCACAUGUUAGUGCUGGAGUGUGUGGAGGUCAGUUCCCAUGUUCACAUGUUAGUGGUGGAAUGUGUGAAGGUCAGUCACAUGUCAGUGCUGGAGUGUGUGGAGGUCAGUUCCCAAGUUCACAUGUUAGUGCUGGAGUGUGUGGAGGUCAGUUCCCAAGUUCACAUGUUAGUGGUGGACUGUGUGGAGGUAGUUCCCAAGUUCACAGGUUAGUGCUGGAGUGUGUGGAGGUCAGUCACAUGUUAGUGCUGGAGUGUGUGGAGGUCAGUUCCCAAGUUCACA